GACUCUUGAUAACAUUUACUCCUUUCAAGAUUGCCGAUCAUUGGGUCCCGGAAACGAUUGCUUCACAUGAAUUGAACAGUAAUCAAUAGUUUCAAAUGAUCUCGGUAAAAGGAUUUCUUUGAUUCAUUCACGACCACGGUGGCAAUCAAUAAUCUCGUCCUGUAUUGUAUUGACCCACCCGUACGACCGCCCUUGGGGAACCUUAGAGGCUUACAUCGCGCUGCACAAUUGCAACAACACACAUAACUCAACUAAAGAUGGCGCUAGUUAAUGGAAUGGUAGAGGUCAUCAAGAUCGUCGCGAGGCAGACGACAAUCGCACCGUCGUCAACAGCUGCAACGUCGACCCCAAUCUCGUCCACUUCAGCAUCUGCCACUCCAUCUACAGCAUCAUCCAACAACAGCAGUAGCCCGACUAGUUCGCCACUGUUGUUCUUUGUUGCGCUAGGAUUUGGCGUCGUGUUUACAAAUUUAUGGAUUAUUGUUGGUGUCAAAUACUGUUUUCGUUACAAUGCUAGGAAUCGGGCUGCGCGGGAAAUGGGCGAGAACCCCAUCAAUCUCGACAACAUGCCCGCCCGACCACACCGAAGGCGCCGGGAAAAGAAGCUCAUGACCAUGGACGAAGUGAACGAACGAUUUCCUUUGACGAAAUAUAAAACCUGGGUAGCAAAUCGAGCUAGCGAAGGACUACCAACUAGUGGGGGUGUGACAGCGCCGCCAAGCCGAGCUGCAAGCGUGGCAGAAGUAGAGGGUGUAGAGCCAUCUUCGCCUGUGGGAACAAAGCAUUCUAUCAACACCAGGCCAGCCACAGCCACUUCGAACAGAGAUGAAGCAACGCCAUCAUCGCCAGCCCAUACUCUUAGGGGUGGGUAUGGCGACAGAAAGAGUAUGGAUGCAGUAAUUGCGGAAAAGACACCUGCAACGACCGAGGAGCGUAAGGAAGAAUUGCAUCAUUUGGAAGAAGUUCCAACGAGAGCCAGCACAAUCGAUAACAAGAAUAUCGCAACAGUCGAAGACGCCGAGGAGGAUGAUGACGAGGAUGAUCAUAUCCAUACCGCCGUACCCCCAGAGCUGCUCAACAACCCAGGGGAUUCAUGUGCUAUCUGCAUUGAUUCUCUAGAAGAGGAUGAUGACGUUCGUGGUUUGACUUGUGGCCAUGCUUUCCAUGCCUCGUGCUUGGAUCCAUGGCUGACUAGUCGUCGUGCUUGCUGCCCGCUUUGCAAGGCGGACUACUUUACACCAAAGCCCCGACCUGAAGGUGAGCCUGAGCCUGAGCGACAUUCACGUAGAGCGCACGCAUCGCGGGCGAACAUGCCCCAACAGCCACAAUCAACUUGGACGGGACUUCGAGGUAUGCCAGGAAUAUUCGGAGCAUCCGCUAGAUCGAAUGUGGAUACCCGAAAUCGUGAUGAACGGCAAGCUAGGCGGGCACGCCAAGCUCAAGCUGGACCGACGAGUGUAGCAGCUGAUGGGGCAACACCGGAAACCACUUCUGCUCCAGCAGCGAGCAGAUGGAGGCCAAGAAUACCUGCGGCUUUCACCGGAAUCCGCAUGCCUGGUAGCAAUAGAGUCACGGGAAAUGCUUCGGGACAAACAGCCAAUGCCGAGCCAACACCUUCUCAGCUAGAAGCAGGUCAUCGUUCUGCUUGAGGAUAACUGAGCUUCAACUCGACUCGGCCAAUUGACUCGUUGAUUUAGUACGUGGGGGAUUGUCGAGAACAACCCAGUAAUAUUAUUGGCAUCAUCA